GGACAGCUGCCAUGUGGACUGCAGAGUUGAUGAGAGCAACAACUGUUCCUGAACCUGAUGAGCUUUUAUAGGGCAACUUUUCAGUGUAGACUGGGAAGAGGACCAGAGAGAGAGAGAGAGAGAGAGAGAGAGAGAGAGAGCACAGCUGCAGGAGCGCGUUCCUGAACAUGACUCGUGCUUCAUGUGCGCCUUUUUAUUUUUUAUUCCCGACAAUUGAUUUCGGAGGAAAAUCUUCCUCAAAACAAGUCCUUCAUCAGCUCUUGGUGCUGAUUUAUUUCUAAUGUAAUGGAAAAAGCAUGGAUUCAUGUUUGAAGAGACUGAGACAAGAACUGCUUUCUAUGAAAGAGGCUGGUGAUGGUCUUCAUGCUCAGAUGAACUCCAUGAUGGGAGCUCUCCAAGAACUCAAACUUCUCCAAGUUCAAACCGCACUUGAGCAGCUGGAGAUCUCAGGAAAAAAUAAUUGUGUGGCUCCAUCACCAGGUAAAUCCAUUAACUGUCACUUUCAACCUCAAGACCAGCAACAUCAGUUAUCUGAGGUCUCUGGGCAAGAAGAUCAACUUCAGUCUCAUCACUUACAUCGCAGUAGUCUUGGAACUUCACCCUCUACAUCCAGCCUAGAGAGUGAGGGUAUGCCAUUGCCCAGGAAGAUCUCUGGAUACACUGUUCCACAAGUGGAAUAUUGUGGCCCAAAAAUGUGUCAAACACAAACAGACCACCAAAGCAUGCACCCACAUGCAUCCCGACCUACACAAGUGGAUCUGCCCGGGAUUCUCCACAGCUUGUCUCGAGAGGGACCGUCCUUGGACAGUGACUACAUCGAGGACAGUUUGGAUGACUCCAGUGAUUGGACCUCCUCUCUUAUGAGUCGCAGCCGCAAUCGUCAACCUUUGGUACUUGGAGACAAUGUACUUGCUGACCUGGUAGGCAACUGGCUUGAUCUGCCUGAAGUGGACAAAGACUGUGUCGAAGGAGGAAAGGGAAUCAACAGACCAGACUCCCCAGCUCAUCCACUCUACCUCAGCCGAUCCCAAGAGCUCUGCAAGAGGUUCUCGCUAACCAGCAAUAUCUUUAAGAAAUUUCUGCGUAGUGUGCGACCUGACCGGGAUAAGCUGUUGAAAGAAAAACCUGGUUGGAUGCCACCAGGUCAUGACUCUGAAGCAGAGCUUUUCAAGAGACCCAAGAAAACUGCCAAGGCCAAGGGUAGAUUCUACUUGCCAUUUUGGGCAGGAGGUGGACAGCAAGCAAAUGGUAAAUUGUGUCCUCAGCCUUCAGAGGAGACGGGCCAGUUCUUAGGACUUUACCUAGAUAGGAGACCUACAGAUGCAGUGGAAACGGUCCAGCCUUUGCUUGAUCACAAUACAGCUGUUUGGGUUUAAAAGGGAUUUUCUAGAGAGAAGACAGGGUAGAAUUCAACAUCUGCGCAGGAUUGAGUAAGAUUAAAUUGGAUUUGUUUAAACUUUGUUGAUGACAAUCUAUUAAAUCCUUCAGGGUGUGAAAUGAGAUCUUCGGCUUGACAAUGCACUUACAGUAUAUGCACUCAACCCUCGGUGAGAAUGCAAAUACCCAAGACACUUCUGCUGAUAUGCUUAUCAUUUUUUAAUCUUCACUCUUUCUUGUUCUGAUGUCUUGCACACAGGUCUACCAUGGUGUUUGUGCUGAAUUACCAUAGUCUUCAUUCAGGGCAAAUAGAAGUUCCUCUUGACUAUAAACCACUGUAAAACUGUUCAGCAUGUUUACUUUUGGAUCUCUCUUUAAAAGGUUUUAUUAUGUAUGGUACAGAUCUUCCUCUCAACAAUUCCUGGACAUGUAACCCUGCCUUCAGUAUCUUAAGGAAACAGGAAAAAUGCAUCAAACUCUUUUUGUUUACCUGUAAUGUCAUAUCACACUUGUACCUAUCCUUUUUUUUAUUAUUAUUACAAUCCCAGAUAAAGAAUUAGAUAGAGACUGUGACUAAAGUCACAGUAAUUUGUGCUAGCUGUGACAAACCCGGCACGUCUGGUCACCGUACCCUAUAGAUUCGGAACGGUAAGAGAUAGAGAAUGAUGCUUAGUGAGGAAAAGUUCCGCCCUUCUGCCCUGAACAAAAUUUAAAAAAAAAAACUUAUUGAAAAAAAUCAUGAAAAUUGACAGUUAUAAGUGAUUGAAAAAAAAAAUCCCAUUUUUCAUGGAUCAUUCCGGAUCAGUGAUCCAGAUCAGCACCAAAAGCCAUAGCAAUGUAAUUCAGCCCAGAGGUAUACUUCAUGUGAAAUUUGGUGAUGAUUGGUUGAAAACUGAGGGAGAAAUAGCAUCCUAAAAAUGUUAGGAGAAUAAAAAUAAGAAUAAAGCAGAAAGAUCCUGAGUGAGAGUAACAGUUUACGCCAGCACCGCUAGUGCAAACUAAUUAGUUUGCUUGUGUAAAUGGAUAAACUGCAUGUGCAGUUAGUGGACAUCUUGCAGCUGACGUAUAAAGGAUAACAGUGUACAUGAUGUCACAUACAAAUAUGGUGAAGAAAUGCAAGAAAUGCAUCCCCCCCCCAUGUGAUGAUAGCUGAGGUGACUUUGAAUCUCAAAAGGGACUCCCAAGAAGAGUAAACUGAAACUUGAGAUGGCAUAAUAUCAAAAAGCUACAACAGAAAAUGCAAUAGUAAACAAAAGAAUUUAAUAUGAUACAACAUUUAUGAGGACGUCAGUGCUGUGCUUGCUCAUUUCGAAGAUGAAAACAAACAAAGACGCUAUUAUUAAAUUUGCUUGGACAUUUUUCUUCAUGUCGCCAUAUUAAGACGUUUUGUUUUGGGUUUUUUUUUUAUAUAUUUCCAGUACUGUGCAAAAGUCUUAGGCACCCUAAGUUUUUACAUACAAGCUGUGUUAUAGAUUUCUAUUUUAUGACUUCUACAUUACCGAGUCAGUACGAAAAUAUUUUAGAGUCCAAACAUUCGUUUUCCUUCACAAAAUUAAAAUGUUACAGGAAAAAAAAAAUUGUAUUUGAGGAGCAUAUUCCAUAAGAGAGCGCUUUUCAGAUGAAAAAAGAAAACAUAAUGAAGGCUGCUGGGUUUCGGUGCAAAAUGAAGAAGUGAGUGUGACGGUCAAAGUGUCCAGAAGAACUGUGGCUGGUUCUGGAAGAUGCUCAGUAAAACCUACAGCUCAUUUCCGCAUAAAACUGCACUCACUGGACCUGAGACUGUUUUUUUUUUUUUUAAAGCAAAGGGUCGUCUCACACCAAAUACUGACUUUGUUUCAUUUCUUAUGACUUACUACUCUUUCUAGUAUUUUUUAAACAUUUCAUUAUUUUUUUAAAGCUAGACGGCCUUUCGAUUUCAUAAAAUUGGUGAAAUUUAGUUCCCUCUGAAAUGUGGUCAUCGUGAUAUAUGUUUAUUUCUGUAAUAUCUCACAAAAUAUCAGGCCAUUCUGUGGCUGGGAAGUUAUUUAUUUUGAGACGAUUAAAACAAAUAAUGUGCAUGAAUUCGCUCGCUUCACGCAGUCAAGCAGACAGAGGAAGUCCAUGUGUGCGCGCAUGCGCAGGUUUACCGUCUUCUUCUUUUGGGUUUUACGGCACAGUGUCGCAUUACUGCCAUCUACAGGUUUACCUUUGAGCGUGCACUGACCGUUCCAUCAUUCUGUCGCUAAACGAACAGCUGAUCACACCGAGGUGCUCGCUGACUGCCGAUAUUUAUUAGUUUGGUUCUGUGUUUCCUUUCCUUCGUAUAUAACAAAACGUCUUUUCUUCUCACUUUCUUUCCGUUACUGUAGUCGGUCUUUCACGUUUCAUUCGCACACUCACAUCCUCCAUUUUUCUCUCCUGUUUCAAAGUUGUAUCCCACAAUGCCUUGUGCAAACGGGGAAAGCCCACCACGUGAUGAUGCAUGACAUAGUAUCUUGUAUUGGGUCAUGGUGAAGCAGGAAAAAAUAGUGGAGAAUUUAGGGCCACGUGGAGAUAAAUUCAUUAAUUGUUCUAUUAAAAAAAAACGAAUAAAAUUGGAAGUCUGUGAUUUGAAUUCAGUGGAUUUCAGUCCACUAAAAAUAAUUAGGUGUCGGGGAAAAUUAUUUUUAUGACCUACACUUGAAAAAUCUGAAAGGCAGUCUACCUAUAAGCCGUUUUUUGGUCUAUGGCAUUUCUUUACUUAUGCUCCAGACUUUUGCACAGGACUGUAUAUUAAUCAGGUUCUUGAUGUAUACUAACAUCCCCGAUGGUAAAUACAGUGCCCUCCACAAUUAUUGGCACCCUUCAUUAAGAUGUGAUUUUAGGCUUCUAAUAAAUUAUUCUUUUUUUUUUUUUAAAUAAUAUAGGACAACAAUGCAUUAAAAGAGAAAAAUCCAACCUUGAAUUCAAGUGCAUUUAUUCAGUGGGAAAAAAAAUCCCACAUUAAGAAAUAAUUCUUUUACAUGAAAUCAUUGUGCCACAAUUAUUGGCACCCCUGAUGUUAAUACUUUGUACAACCCUCUUUUGCCAACAAGACAGCACUUAAUAUUCUCCUAUAACAUUUCACAAGAUGGGAGAAUACAGAGAGAGGGAUCUUCGACCAUUCCUCUUUGCACAAUCUCUCUAAAUCGUCCAGAGUCCUGGGUCGUCUCCUAUGCACUCUCCUCUUCAGCUCACCCCACAGGUUUUCAAUUGGGUUGCGGUCUGGGGACUGAGAUGGCCAUGGGAGGAGCUGGAUUUUGUGUCUGGUGAACCAUUUUUGUGUAGAUUUGGCCACAUGUUUAGGGUCAUUAUCUUGCUGAAAGACCCAGUGACGACCCAUCUUCAGCUUUCGGGCAGAGGCCACCAGAUUUUGAUUUAAAAUGUCCUGGUAUUUCAAAGAGUUCAUGAUGCCAUGCACCCUAACAAGGUUCCCGGGGCCUUUGGAAGAGAAACAGGCCCACAGCAUCACCGAUCCUCCCCCAUACUUCACAGUGCGCAUGAGGUGCUUUUCCGCAUACUCAUCUUUUGUGAUGUAUUAGAGUGUUUGCUGCAAAAAAGCUCUAUCUUGGUCUCAUCUGACUAAAGCACACGGUCCCAGUACCGCUUAGCGAACUCCAGACGUUUACGUUUAUGCUUGUAAGUGAAAAAAGGCUUUUUCCGUGCAUGCCUCCCGAACAGCUUGUUGGCAUGUAGAUGGCGCCUGAUGGUUGUUAUGGAGACUUUGUGACCCCAAGAUGCUUCUCUUUGAUGCAAUUCUCUAACAGUGAGCUUUGGAGAACUUUUUACUUCUCUUCCCAUCCUCCUCACUGUGCGUGGUGGCAAGAUAAACUUGCAUCCUCGUCCAGGCUUGUUUGCCACUGUCCCAGUUGUUUUAAACUUCUUGAUGAUUCCUCUGACUGUAGAUACGGGCCGGUGUAGGCGAGCGGCUAGUUUCUGCCUUACCUGAAUGGUGUGUUCUCUUGUCUUUCCCAUGUUGAAGAGUGGAUAAGAGAAAUAGGCCUCUGUGUCACAUCAUAUUUAUACCCCAGGGAAACAGGAUGUGAUGAAUUACUAAUUAAAGGUUCCUAGAUACUCUGAUCAACUUUAUAAACUACAGUAGAAAUGACAGAAAUGCUUCAAUUACAUUUAUUUUCUAGGAAUUGUUAUGGUACCAAUAAUUGUGGAACAGGUGAUUUUAUGAAAAAAAUUUUAUUUCUUAGUCAGGGAUACUUUUUUUUUAAAUUCACUUGAGUUAAGGGUUACAUUUUUCAGUGUGAGAUUAUGCUUCUGCAAUAAAAAUAAAAUUUAUUUUAAGGCUUUUAACACAUCUUAACCAGGGGUGCCAGUAACUGUGAAGGGUGCUGUAAGUGCUGAUACUUUUUCAUGGUUCUUUUUUCCACCUCACGUUUAGGUCAAUCCAGUGAUUUUCUACAUAACUCAUAUGCACUACAGUACGGCUGUACUAUGAAAAAGCAUGUGGCUCCAACUGACCGCGUCACCACUAUUUGUGCCUGCAAUCAGAUUAUGAACAUUUUAUAAGACAUACAAUCCCUUCUGAAUCUUAUAUAACCUUUAACAGGGGAAUAUGAGGCUACAGUUGUCAGUCAGUGGCUUGUCAGGGAAAAAAAAUGUCUACAAGGACUUACACUAAGUAGAAAUGCUGUGUGAUUUCACAAUUCAUGACACAACUGUAACAUAAUGAGGAGAAAAUGCUGACACACAAAAAGCCAUUCUGUGCUCUGAGGGUGGAAAUGAGCUGUCGGCACUUUUCUACCAUAGUUGCAAAAUACUUUUGUACCUAAUUUAGAUUUAUAUAGUGGGAAUGGAAAUGGAAACGUAUAAAUGGUGUCUAGUUUGUUAAGCCUAUACUGUAUUUUGUUGUCUUGCCAAAGCAAGGUUUUAUAUUAUAUAACAAAGUUAUUGGAAUCAGUGUGAUGUAUAAAUAUACUGUGAGA